GGGCGCUCGCGUUAUAUUUGGCGCCGGCAGCAGCGCGUGUGCCUGGGCGAGUUUUCCUUCCGCGGGUGCCGGCAGCCAGGGCGCCGCCGCCCAAGCUGACUCCUCUCUCUCCCUCUCCGACCCCGGCAGGGCCCAGAGGUGAUUCUGUCCGCACGAUGUCCUCCUUCCUGGAGACGAGCUCUUCGCAGGGGCCACGUCGCGAACAAAAAGAGAAAAGAAAAAAAUGAAAAGAAAAAUCAGAAGAAGCUGACAGAGAAGGGGGCGGUAACGGCGUUGGGGGUCACCUCCGCCACGGGAGGGCGCGCUAAGACAGUGGCGGGGUUUCCAACGGCGACUCCACCCUGCAGUUUCCAGGGAAGAAGCUCAGGCUAGUCCUGCCAGGGGACCUGGAGGCCUGGCGCCCACGGGGACCCCUAGCCCGACCUCCGGUCUGCUCCCCAGGGACAGCAAGCAGCAAGCAGGGCGGGCUGCACCUUAAGAGCAGCAUCAUCAAGGUACUCAGCACCCCUCAUUGACAGUAUGCACUCAUUGAUAAGUGGAUAUUGACCAAAACCUCAAAUUACCCAAGAUGCAAUCAACAGAUCUCAGGAAACUCAAGAAGAAGGAUGACCAAAGUGCAGAUGCUCCUACUCCUUCUUAAAAUGGGGAACAAAAAUAUCCAUAGGAGGGGAUAUGGAGGCCAAAUCUAAAGCAGAGACUGAAGGAACAGCCAUUCAGAGUCUGCCCCACAUGUGGCCCAUAUAUAUACAGUCACCAAAACUAGGUUUUGGUAGGAAGGCAUCAUCCCAAAAUGUCAUCAGUAAGCAAGAGGAGUGUCUAAAGGAACUGGAGGAACUCAAAUUCGAAAUCCAGAAGUGUCAAUUCGAGAGGGAUGAACUUUAUCAAAUCCUGGAUCUUUAUAUCUAUGAUGAGUGGGACCACAGGCUGCAUGUCGAAUUGCCAGUCCUUCAAUCUGAACAUGAGAUGAGAAUGAUGGCUAUGCAAAUGAUGACCAACUCAAUAAGUGAUGCCAUGGAGAGGUACAAGGAGCUCAUACAAGUGAACAGUUCCUACCGCAUCAGGCACUCCCAGCUCCUGCGUGAACAAGCUCAAUUGAAGAACAAUAUACAGAUUUUGAUGAAUGAGAAGAGAGAACUGCUGGUGGAGCAGACUGAACUGCCAGCAUACUCUGUGGAGACAAAGAGGCUCUGGGAAGAGGCCGGAAUGAACAUCUGUGACCCCAGUGCCACCAACAGCAGGUCUGAAAUUCUCCAGCAGAAACUCGAACAUGACACAGACCAGGACAAGAUCUCCCUUGGAGAGAAGAGCUACAGGAGGAGAACUAAGUGUGCACAGCAAAUACACCACUAUUGCGUCUCAUCUGUAAUGUCCAUAGCAAUUGUGGACUGCAUUUUCCUCCUUUAGUUUAACUUCUUUGGAUUGAAUACGCUGUAUUUUCACCUUGCCUCUCUCCAGCAAGUGUGCACUUUUUGAGGGACUCAGAGAAGUGCUGAUGCACAUCAAUCAAGAGCUGCUGGUCAUCCAGAAAGACCGUGCACGUGUAAAUUUGUACUUGUCCUGAUGGGUCACCCAGAAGAGUUUCAUGGAGAUCAGUUCACAAUAUUGGAAAGACUUUGUGACAAAGUCUGUAAUAUCAUUUAUACUCAAUGUUGGAUGGCUUUUUCCUUAAUACCCCCACUCCAACAAAACAGACCUACUUCCACUCCUCUUGAAAAGAUGAUUACCAUCACUAACUGCUUGUCUACUAUGUCUCCAAGGCAAGCCACAGGCUAUAAGUCUAUUCUGCAAAAGGAGCAGCAAAAAAUGCUUAGUGCAAUUCCUCUAUUUAAAGUUUGGUUUAUUUUUAAUUGUUUUGGUUAUUUGGUUUUCCUUCUAUUCAUUUGAAGAUUUGUUAUUUAUCUGUUGUUGUUUUGUUCAUUUGCUUUUCUAUUUUGAUAAGGAUAUAGACUGUAUAUAUUGACUACCUGCAUCUGGUUACUAUCCAGUAAAUUGGAUGUAUUCUGGUCAAUAAAGGGGUAAUCUCAAA